CAGACAAACUCCUUACAGUCAGCCUCAGUGCCCAACAGUCCACAAGGAACCAUCGCCAAGUCCUUCGUCCUCGAUAGCUACGUGUUCGCGUCGUGUGUCCAUUUUUUUGUCUUUUUGUGCUCUAACCCAACAUGAAGUACUUCAUUGCCAUCGCUCUGCUGUUCGCCGCCGCCCAGGCCAUCCCCAUUGAGCUGGGCCACUAUGGCCCCGCGCUGGUGCAUCAUGCGCCCGUACUGGCCCAUGCCGUCCAUGCCGAGCCUGUGGCCUACCCCAAAUACUCCUUCAACUAUGGCAUCAAGGAUCCCCACACUGGCGACAUCAAGUCGCAGGCCGAGGAGCGUGAUGGUGAUGUUGUGAAGGGCCAGUACUCUCUGGUUGAGCCCGAUGGCUCUGUGCGCACCGUCGACUACACCGCCGACGACCACAAUGGCUUCAACGCCGUCGUCCACAAGACCGCCCCCAAGAUCAUCCACCAUGCACCCGUUGUGCACGCCCCCAUCCUGGCGCACGCCCCCCUGCUGCACCACUACUAAGCGGUAGCUGGACCAGUCGCACAGGUGCUCUAUCUCUCAUCCAUCCGCAAGAACAGCAACCACAGCAGAAUCAUAGGAACCACAAGAAAAGAAAAGAAAAACCACAAAAAAAAAAUCA